AUGGCCCCAUCAUUCUUUCCUAUGGCACCUUUCCUGUUUACUCAGGGUAACCCAUUCUUUACGAUGUCGAAUAUGGGUGCUACAGCAAUGCCCCAUGCUCCGAAAUCGUCUUCUACUGCGAUGGAAGGAAUUAUAGAUUCCAAUCCAGUUCUGAUGUUUGGUAACAUAUUAACCAACCCCACAUCGUGCACUCGAGUUCAGGAAGCUCCAGAAACGAUCUCCGAACUCAGUAAACACUGUAACCAUCAUGGAGAAAUGGUUAACGAUGAUAUUACUUCGGCUCUUGAGUCGUUCACUCUUGACUCUGGACCCUCGGAUUCACUCAUGAAUGCACCUAAUCAUACUGCAGAUCAUGAUAUUCAACAGGAACUCGUAAAGCUUCGCCAUGAUAACGAGUUACUUAAGACCAGGAUGGAAUCUCUAAGUGCUCUCCAGUCCCUCACUCUGACCACAGAACAUGCUGCCACCCGGGACCGUCAUUCCCACACGUCUCGAGGAUAUGAUCCAUCCUGCACGGUUCCUAUCACAGCUGUUGAUGCCACAUCAAUGAUUGACGUGGCCCACACUCCUAAUAACUGGGUCAUUGUUGAUCGAAUUUCAAAUGUGAUCACUGCUAUCCGACGAAAGCAGUCCGUUAACCUCGUUUGCGAGUGA